GCCGGAGAAAAAUAAAACAAUGGAAAAAUAAAAUUGUAUGUAAAUUAAUUUUCACGUGCAAGUACACAACAAAUUUAAAGUUUAAACAAAACACAAAGUUUGAAACUUUUGUACUUGCUGAAACUGAAACAGAGAAUAAUGCUCUUAGGCCAGUAUAUACUUCAAGUAUUUGAUAGGACCCUUGUGAAUCAAAGUGUCAUUCUGAGGACACCAGCUAAUUAGGCCGAACUUCUGGAAGCCCUACCUAGAGGAUUCGAGCAGUGCGGAUUUUAGAGUUCUGGGUUGAAGAUGGCAACACGUGAAGGAAUCCAGUCAUACUUCUCACAGCUUAAUUCCCUAUCUGAAAAGAUUAUGCGCGACGUAAAUGAAGUAAAAUCUUCAUACAGUCGAGAUGCCUGGCUUGCGUUGUCUUUAAAUCAACAGGAAAAAAUAUUGAACAAUCAUUUAAUAAAUGCGGAAAUAUAUAAGUACUAUAAUAUGACUGAAUCCAACUGUUUGGCACGAGAAGCUCAGUUAAAAACAGACAUUUUAAAUAAUGAUUAUCACCAAUUUGCUUAUAGAGACGAAGUAUAUUCAUAUAACGGGCAAGAUUUGCACACAUACAUUUAUCAAAAUGUUGGAUUAAAAAUAUUACAUGACGAAAAUACCAGAGAAUGUCGCGAUGAACAUUCAUACCCAUUUAGUUAUCGAACCAAAUCCCAAAUAAACAUACCAUUAAAAGAAUGUGAUGAUGUCUCUGCUGUCAGAUCGCCCAUGGAUGUAUCGAAACCUCUCUAUUUAAAAUUAAGGACAAAAGUUUUAAAUAACAUAAAAUCACCAAAUCACCAAAUUAUUGUCAAUACUAAGACCGACGUUAGUCAAAGUAAAAAAGAAAUUUGUAAGCAAAAAAAUGACCAAAAAAGCCACUGUGUUUAUAAGAACGAAGAAUGUUUCGACUCUGAUGAAAAAUUGCAACUGCUUUAUACUUUUGGAUCAAAAAGCAGCAUGUCAAACGAUUUUUCUGAUUAUGAAAAUGAAUUUAAAGAUUUACGUCAAGACGAAAAUGCAAAGCUUUUAGAAACAGAACUGCAAAUCCCUAAGGGUUUUGAUUUUCUCAGUAAUUGGUAAAACCAAUGGCCGACCUGUUAAGCAGAAAAAAAAUGCCAUUUAUAUUGUAAGGAAUCUCAUCUCAUCACCUUUUUAAAAAAAAAACAAAUGUAAACAUUAUUUGCAAUAUUUAAUAAAACUGAAUUGUGCUUAACGGUACUACCAAAAUAUAAA